AUGCCACAAUAUUACUCUUUUGAAAAAGCGAUUCAGAGCACGCCGCAAUUUUAUGAGUCUUACUUCAAUCCCAACUCCCUUAUUGCCGCCGGUCAUCUUUACUGGCCUGCUUCUUGCUCUGUGGACGUGGAAAUGCUUCUGGAUUAUUGUAAUGCAGAACAAACUGCUAUAUCUAACCUGGCUCCCUCCAUUUGCAAGAUCGGAUACAAUAUCGGAAUACGAGUCCCAAUUGGCAUGUCGAGAAAACCUUCUCAGGAAACAAGCUAUGUAAUUCUUGCUUUAUCCUAUCGUGGCUACUGGAAAUCCUCUGGUAGAGCAACACAAUCUGGGAUUGAAAAGGACGCUCAGGCAUUUUUGGACUGGGUAUCGAAAAUUUACUCUGCUCCCGACAAGGAUUGUCAGAUCUUUCUAUGGGGCCACAGCCUUGGUGCGGCUGUUGCAUCCUCGGCUUUAGGAACACACAUGGAGAAGUUAGAAGCCGAGCACUUGGAAGGAAGUUAUGGUCUCAUUCCAAUCUCUGGGUUAAUUCUCGAGGCGCCGAUCUCCAGUAUCAAGGACAUGUUGAUCGGCCUAUAUCCGCAGAAGUGGUUGCCGUAUCGCUAUCUCUGGCCUUUUUCGUGGAAUACAUGGUGCACGGCAACAUCGUUGGAACGCCUGGCUUCGUGGAGUCAACGAACAAGUGCAGAAAAUACGAAGGUGUCAAACGAGUCAUCUAUUUCCACACGUCAAUCUGUCCCUCCGAUUCUCAUUUUAUCCGCUGAGAAGGAUGAAGUUAUACCGUCUCAUGUCGGGGGUCAGCUGGAGUCUGUUUGUCGGGCGCGAGGCCUCGAUAUCGAGCACACAAACGUGCCUGGAGCAAUGCAUACAGAAUGUUCUGUCAAGAAUGUUGGAAAAGAAGCUUUAAUGAGAUUCAUUCUUGACACGGGAAAAUCGAGGCGGUCAUAUCAUAUGCAGGCCAAAAAUGUACGUAUGUGA